CUAGACUGCAGGUUGGAGCGACCGGGAAAAGUCAGCUUUGUGGAACUAUAAUUAUUAGCCCGACCAAAGGGCUCAUUUUCUCCGUCAUGCAAUACAAACUCUAAACAUUCGGAUCUGACUGAGGAUUUCAAGCUGCUUUGAAGUUGGGUUGAGAGGUUGGACUGGAUUCAAGACCGCAUCGCUUUCUAGAUCGGAUGCUCGGUAAUACCUGCUGUCUGUUCUUGACUUCGGAACUUGUGUCAGACGCCCAGCCAAGACGUUGUCUUGUCUUCUGUGGCAUCGGAAAAUUUGUAUGACGCUUCAAGAAAACAAUAAUGAUCAGUGAUACCUCUACUUCGGAACUGAACUAGAGAUCGCAUUUUUCAUUUGGAUUAAUUCUAUUUCAUGCCGUAAGCAUGGGUCUCGUGUGGAUCCUUAUUGCUACUCUAACUGGAAUAAGCACCAUCUCCAAAGAAGCAGAAGGAGCGUGCGUCUAUCAAGGCUCUCUGUUUGCGAACAACACAUCAUGGAGGCCUGACAGUUGCCAAGACUGCACCUGCUACAGUGACAUCGUUAUAUGCAAGCCGCUGCGCUGCCAGAACCCAAAGUGUGACUUCCAGAGGGGAGAGCGCUUGAGAAUACCACCCAGCCAGUGUUGCCCUGAGUGUUUCCCACAGUCCGCCGCCUCUUGUCAGCAUGAAGGAGCCAUCUACGGGCACGACAGCCAGUGGAAUGGCUCCAAGUGCUCCGUCUGCGUCUGUUCUCAAGGGAAAGUGUCCUGUGGCCCGCCGCCCUGCCCUGCCCUGAGCUGCGGCCCCGACCAGAGCCCCUUCGUGCCGACCGGGGAGUGCUGCCCCAAGUGUGCCCGCCACGGAGCGUCGUGCCCGUGGGAGGGGGGGGAGUACAGGGAUGGGGAGGAGUGGAGACCCGGGCCCUGCUCCACCUGCCAAUGCCUCUCUGGACGUGUCCAGUGCUCCACGGCUGAGUGCCAGCCAAUCACCUGCAAGCUGAGUGAGAACCUGGUGAUCCAGCCUGGACAGUGCUGCCCGCAGUGUGUGCCCAACCCGUGCCUGGCGUCGGGGAAGGAGUAUAAGCAUGGUGAGCAGUGGCAGAAGAACAGCUGCACGAUUGUGUGUGACCGGGGCCACUCCCGCUGUCACUCUCAGACCUGCCCCAGACUGGCCUGUGCCAAGGGUGAGACCAAAGUGAAGCGUCCGGGACAGUGUUGCGAGGAGUGUGCCGGCGCCAAAGGUACCUGCCUGUACGAGGGCGCCGUGCGUUACCAUGGCGACAUGUGGAAUGGAACCGGCUGUGAGUUCUGCCUGUGCGAGGCGAGGCCAGGUGCUAUGCCACGGCCGACUGCGGCCGAGUGGAGACCUGCCCACCGGGGGAGGACCUGGUGCAUUUACCAGGGAAGUGUUGUCCAGAGUGCAAGGCGAAGCUCAGCUCCUGUGUCUACACGCCCUCAACAACAACAGGGACAGGGAGAGCCGAGUCCGAGACGUCUAGCUGACCUGGAGAAGUUCAGCGAGGGGCCCUGCCGCCAGUGCCAGUGUCGGGACGGGCAGAUGACCUGCUACCAGCCCUCCUGCCCCACCUGCCCCCUGGGCACGCUGGCCGUGCCGGUGGACGGGCAAUGCUGCCCCGAGUGCCAGGAUGUGGCAUGCCACCAUGACUGCAUGACGUGCUCCAGGAGUCCUGAGCACUGUGACAGCUGUAAGGACCCCGGGACUCUGGUGUGGAGUGGACGCUGCGUCCAGACCUGCCCCCAGGGCUUCUACGCCAGCGGCAGGGAGUGCAAAGCAUGCCAGCCGGGCUGUGCCACCUGUGAGAACGGCUUCGAGUGCUCCUCCUGUGGAGGGUCCCUGCUGCUGAGGAACAGGCAGUGCGUGGCCACCUGUGAUGCAGGCUUCUACCAGGACCACACACAGUGCCUACGCUGCCAUGAAGCCUGUUCGUCCUGCCGCGGUCCUGGCGAAGAGGCCUGUCUGACCUGCUCGAGCCCUGCCCACCAGCUUAAAGAUGGACGCUGUGUGGCCGACUGUGGCGCCGGCUUCUUCUCCAGCGGCAGCAGCUGUUACGCCUGUGAUCCAUCCUGUGCCACCUGUCACCCAGACAACCCCAGCUGUUUGAGCUGCCCCCCGGACUUUGUAUUGCAUCAUGAAUGUAUUUUCCAGUGUCCAGAGCAGCACUACAAAGACGGUCACGGCAGAUGCAGAGCAUGCCACAGCUCGUGCUCGUCCUGCUCGGGCCCAUCCGUGUCCCAGUGUUCCUCCUGCUCGGGCGCGCUGGCGCUGCACGGCGGUCAGUGCCUGGACUCCUGCGGCGAGGGCCUCUUCGCCAGAGACGGGCGGUGCCACGGCUGCCACCCCUCCUGUCGGGCGUGUGUGGGGCCCGAGGCCUCUGACUGUGUGCUUUGCCUGAAGCCAGAGGAGGCUCUGCAGACCCUGCACCCCCACCUGCCCCACGGCUCCUGUGUGGCCCACUGCGACGCCCACUCCUACCUGGAGUCCGACCGCACCUGCAGAGAGUGCCACGAGUCCUGUGCCCAAUGCACGGCUGGAAGUGCCCAGAGCUGUACUUCCUGUCCCCGCCAGACUGUGCUGUACCAGGGCCAGUGCGUCCACACCUGUCCACCUGGCUUCCAUGCUCAGGACCGCACCUGCCAAGCCUGCCAUCCCUCCUGCCAGGAGUGCAGCGGUCCGUCCCAGGCCGACUGCACCGUCUGCCCGGCCCAUGCAGCUCUGCACAACGGCUACUGCAGAACCAGCUGCCCCGAGGGCCAGUACGUCACCUCAGCUGGACACUGUGCAGGGUUUGUGUGCGUGAGCCGCCCAGCCAUCCAGCUCAUUAGCUUCAAGGCUUCUGGGCAGGCUGGGCCCCUCAUCCCCUUCCCUUCCCUCAGACCGGGAGCCUUCACCAGCCAGGCGAGCGUCUGGAGUGGGCAGUUCACCUUGCGUGCAGCUGAUCCUCAGCUUUUCUCACAACCUGUGGCUGUUCCUGUGCAGGCUGUGUCUCAGCAGCCUCCAGUGGUGCUGACCAAUCGGCCUCUGGUGGUGGACGCCGGCCAGUCGGCGGUGGUCUCACGGUCGGCGCUGCAGGUGGACGACCCGGACAACCCUCAGGACGUGCUGCUGAUGGUGCUGGAGGCGCCUCGCCACGGGCGACUUGCACGUCUCCACGGCGACCGGGCGCUGGCGCAGUUCAAGCUGGAGGAGCUGUGGCGGGAACAGGUGCAGUAUGUGCACGACGGCUCCGACACCCCCGGCGACAGCCUCCUGCUGCAGGUCAACGAUGGCCACAGCUACCGGAACCUUCUCUUCCACAUCCAGAUCAACCAGAAGAACGCCAACACCCCUCACAUGCUGUCCCUGCCCGUGACCUGGGUGAGAGAGGGGGGGAUGGUGCAGCUCUCUAAGAAGUACCUGCGGGCCGAGUACAAGGGCUCCAGCGACACAGAGAUCCUCUACACCAUCAGCGGCCCCGAGAACGCGCCCAAAUACGGUGAGGUUCUCCUGGUGCCCCUGCCGGCGGAUGGCCCGGUGGCCGCCUGGCACUCGCUCCCCGAGGGCACGGACUCCACUCCCACCACCUCCUUCACCCAGCAGGACGUCAAUGAGGGCAUUGUGUGGUACCGCCACCUGGGCGCCAGCACACACAGGGACACCUUUCACUUCCAGGUGUCCAGUGAAGCCCAUCCAGACACCCUCAGUGAUGCUCAGACCUUCACCAUCGGAGUCGUGCCUCAGACACCUGGCAUGCCCCAGCUCUCACCUGGAGCCGACCUACAGGUCAUGGCUCAGGAGGAUCGUGUGACGGUGAUAACCCCCACCGUGCUGUCCUUUGUGGACUCAGAGACGCUGAGCGAUAAGCUUAUCUACAACAUCACCAAGCCCCUCGCCCCCAGCCACGGCGUUGUGGAGCACAGGGACCGGCCCUACAGCCCCGUGCGCUUCUUCACGCAAGCCGACGUGGACGCUGGGAGGAUCCUCUACCGGCCACCCGCGGCCCCCACCCACCUCCAGGAGCUCUACCAGUACUCCUUCACUGGUCUUCCUGAGUCGGUGAGCCUCCAUUUCACAGUGUCUGAUGGGGAGCACACCACCCCUGAGAUGGACUUUGCCAUCCUGCUCGUGGCCAACCACCAGCAGCCGCCCGUCUUCCAGAUCCUGGACCCCGUGCUGGAGGUCACCCUGGGAGGCAGAGCACCAGUCGGAGGACAGCAGCUGGCGGUUACGGAUGCGGACACGGCUCCGGAUGAGCUGGAGUUUGAGCUGGUGGAGCCCCCAGUGCACGGCACCCUCCUCAGGGUGGACUUCACCUCUCAGACACCCAUGAACACCGGUGACACCUUCACCUUCAGCGACAUCACCCGCAACGUCCUGCAGUACGAGCACACGGGCCGGACGGCCGAGGACGACGCCAUGACCUUCUCAGUGACUGACGGCAUCUCCAUGGCGACGGCCACCGUGCUGGUGUCGGUGUCGGCGGUGGGUGGCGAUGGGCCAAGGAGGGAUCCCAACGCUCAACUGGCCAUGGAGGUGUCGGAGAAGAGCAGCACGGUCAUCACACGCUCCCACCUGGCCUAUAAGGACGAUAGCUCCCCGGACGAGAAGAUCCGUAUCCAGCUGGUGUCGGUACCCAUGUACGGCAUCCUCACCCGCAGCAGUGCGGCGUCCGACCCCGAGGAGCUGAGCGAGUACUCCUCCUUCACCAUGGAGGACGUCAACCGCCGUCGCAUACGCUACAUCACGUCCUUUGAGACAGGGAAUCAGCCCGUCACUGACAUCUUCCAUUUCAUCGUGUACGACGGCGAAAACAAUCGCCUUGACAACCAGAUGUGCACCAUCACCAUCACAUCAGUGCAGAGGCAGCCGCCCGUGGUCACCGUGCAUAGCGGCAUCAAGGUCCAGGAAGGGGGCAGGGUCCAGCUGUCGGCCAAUCACAUCAUCGCCUCUGACCCGGACACGCCCAAGAAGGACCUCCUGGUGUGGCUGGUCAGUCCCCCGAAGUACGGCUUCAUUGAGAACACAAAGAGAGCGGGAGCGUCCGGCGGUGCCCAGGUCAUCAGCUCCGAAGUGCCCUUCUCCAUAGAGGACCUGAACGCAGACCACAUCUUCUACGUGCAGAACGUGCGGCAGGCCAACGUCCACCAGGACAUCUUCAGCUUCUACAUCAGCGACGGCUCCAGCCAGACCGAGGCCUUUGUCGUCAACAUCGACAUCCAGCAAAGUAAGGAGGACAAAGUUCCCGUGGUGUCGGUGAACAGCAUCCAGGUUGAGGAGAACUCAGGCGUGGUUAUCACCAACUCCUCCCUGCACGUGCUGGACCUGGACACCCCUGAGAAUGAGAUCAUCCUCACCAUCACCAAAAAGCCUACUUAUGGUAAGCUGCGACGACGCCAGUUCUACUCUCAGCCCCUGGACAGCGGCCGUGUGCUGAGUCAGGGUUCCACCUUCACCUACCAGGACGUGCUGGACGAGCUGCUGGUCUACACUCCCGACGGCCUGGGCCUGCGCACCGACGAGGUGCGCUUCUCUGUCACCGACGGCGUGAACACGGAGUCCGGCCGCCUGGAGUUCAACAUGGACGUACAGAAGGGCGAGACGCCCCGGGUGACCAUUAACCGGGGCCUGCAGAUUGCAGCAGGUGCCUCUUCAAAAAUCACCGAGCAGCAUCUGAAGGGCACGGAUGUGGACUCGGACAACGUGAAGCUGCGCUUUACCCUCACCAAAGACCCCACCGUGGGCAAACUCCAGCUGGCCAAGGCCAGGAGCAAGGCCCUGCUGUCUGCCCGCGGAGCCGUCAAAAGUUUCACCCAAGAGGACAUCAACAAAGGUUUUGUGGAGUACAUCCACGAGAAGGGCGAGGGUGGAGGCAGCUUCUCCUUCAAGUUUAACCUACAGGACCCAGAGGGCAACAAGCUGAUUGACCAGUCCUUCUUCAUCAGUGUGUUAGAGGAUCGCCUUCCACCCUCGGUGACCGUGAACAAGGGUCUGGUGCUGGACGAGAACUCGGUGAAGAAGCUGACCACACAGCAGCUGUCUGCCUCCGACCAGGACAGCGAGCCGAGUGAGCUCAUCUACCGCCUGACCAAACAGCCACAGCUGGGACACCUGGAGCACGUCACCUCUCCCGGCACACACAUCAGCACGUUUACCCAGGCUGACCUGGCCUCCCGCAGCGUGCAGUACGUUCACACCAGCGAUGAGGAGAAGCACGCCGAUGACUUCACCUUCACCGUCUCCGACGGUGCUAAUGAGAUCUCACAGACGUUCUACAUCACCAUACGUCCCGUGGACGACUCGCUGCCUACAGUGCAGGUGCCAGGCAUGCGUGUGCAGGAAGGAGUGAGGAAGACCAUCACUGAGUUUGAACUCAAGGCCACUGACGCUGACACAGAGGAGGACUCCAUCACCUUCACCGUGGUCCAGCCUCCGCGGCACGGCACCAUCGAGCGCACGAACAACGGCCAGCACUACCGUCAGACCAGCACCUUCACCAUGGACGACAUCUACCAGAACCGCAUCAGCUACAACCACGACGGCAGCAACUCGCUCAAGGACCGUUUCACCUUCACCGUGGCUGAUGGCACCAACAUGUUCUUCCUGGUGGAGGAGGGUGGCAAGGAGAUUGUGACAGCGGCUCCUCAGAAGUUCAAGAUUGACAUCCUCCCGGUGGAUGAUGGGACGCCCCGCAUCGUCACCAACCUUGGCCUGCAGUGGCUGGAGUACAUGGACAAUAAGGCCACAAACCUCAUCUCAAAGAAGGAGCUGCUGACUGUGGACCCAGACACCGACGAUGGCCAGCUGGUCUAUGAGGUCACCACCUCCACCAAACAUGGUUUCCUGGAGAGCAAACUCAAGCCUGGCACACCGAUCACCACAUUCACCCAAGCGGACAUCAAUCUGGGUCUGAUCCGUUACGUGCUGAAGGAGGGCAGUGGCCUGGAGACCAGUGACAAUUUCAAAUUCCUGGUGAAGGACAGCAAGCCCAACGUGGUCAGCGACAACAUGUUCCACAUUCAGUGGUCUCUCAUCAGCUUCGAGCACAAGAGCUACAACGUGAGUGAGAAGGCAGGCACGGUAGCCGUGACGGUGAAGCGAACAGGCAAUCUGAACCAGUAUGCCAUCGUGCUGUGCCGCACAGAGCAGGGCACUGCCACCUCCACCUCCAGUGUGGGCUCUCGGCCUGGACAGCAAGACUAUGUGGAGUAUGCUGGGCAGGUACAGUUUGAUGAAAGAGAGGACACUAAGGUGUGCACCAUCGUGAUCAACGACGACCAAGUGUUUGAGAACAUCGAGAGCUUCAACGUGGAGCUGAGCAUGCCCGUCUACGCCCUCCUGGGCCCUGUGACCCGUGCCAAGGUCCACAUCAACGACACGGAGGACGAGCCAAUGCUGCAGUUUGACAAGAAGACUUACCACGUAAACGAAAGCACCGGCUUCGUCUUCGUUCCCAUCGAGAGGAAAGGAGACACGAGCAGCACGGUCUCGGCUCUCUGUUACACCGUGCCCAAGUCGGCCAAGGGCAGCAGCCUGCACGCCCUGGAGUCCGGCUCCGACUACAAGACCCGUGGCAUGUCCAACGACAACCGCGUCAUCUUCGGGCCAGGCGUGAGCAUGUCCACGUGCGACGUGAAGCUGAUCGACGAUAGCGAGUACGAGCUGUCCGAGGAGUUUGAGCUGGUCCUGUCGGACACCUCGGACAACGCACGCAUGGGCGGCAUCACGGUGGCGAAGGUUGUGAUCGACGGACCCAACGAUGCCUCGACCGUAUCCCUUGGCAAUGCGACCUUCACCUUCAGUGAGGAUGCAGGAACCAUUGAGAUCCCUGUGGUCAGACACGGCAGUGACCUCUCCUCAGUGGCCUCCGUGUGGUGUGCCACCAGACCUGCUGACCACGACUCGGCUACGCCCGGAGUCGACUACAUCCCCAGCUCCAAGAAAGUGGAGUUCAAGCCUGGGGUCACAGAGGAGACCUGCAGCCUCACCAUCAUGGAUGACGUCCAGAAUCCCACCAUUGAGGGGUCAGAGUCCUUUGUGGUUUUCCUGAGCUCUCCGCAGGGGGCUGUCCUCGUUGAGCCACACGAGGCGUCCGUCCUCAUCACCGACACCUUCCUGGACAUUCCCAGCAUGCACUUUGAGAAGGUGAAGUUCACGGUAAAGGAGAAAGACGGCGUCCUGCACAUCCCAAUUGUCCGCACCGGGGACCUGUCCUACAAGUCAUCUGUCCGCUGCUACACGCGCACCAUGUCCGCCAUGGUGAUGGACGACUUUGAAGAGAGGCGGAAUGUGGACGCCUCCCGGGUCACCUUCCUGAAGGGGGAGAGGGUGAAGAACUGCACGGUGCACAUCAACGACGACUCUGUGUUCGAGCCCGAGGAAGAGUUCCAGGUGCAUCUGGGAUCUCCUCAGGGUGAUCACUGGGGGGGAGCCAUGAUUGGUGUGAACGACAUUGUUACGGUCACCAUCACCAAUGACGAGGAUGCCCCCACCAUUGAGUUUGAACAAGCCUCCUACCAAGUGCGGGAGCCUCCAGGGCCUGACGGAAUCGAGGUGCUGAACAUCAAAGUCAUCCGCAAGGGAGACCUGGACCGCACCUCCAAGAUCCGCUGCAGCACCCGGGACGGCUCGGCCCAGUCCGGAGUGGACUACAACCCCAAGAGCCGAGUCCUCAAGUUCAGCCCGGGCAUGGACCACAUCCUGUUCAAGGUGGAGAUCUUGUCCAAUGAGGAUAGGGAGUGGCACGAAUCUUUUUCAUUGGUCCUUGGCCCAGACGACCCUGUGGAGGCUGUGCUUGGGGAGAUCACUAUGGCAACAGUGACUAUUUUGGAUCAGGAGGCUGCAGGAAGCCUCAUCCUCCCUUCUCCACCAAUAGUGGUCUCCCUGUCAGACUAUGACAACGUACAGGAAGUGACCAAAGAGGGCAGCAAGAAGACCCCGUCCCCGGGCUACCCCCUGGUGUGCGUGACCCCAUGUGACCCCCACUACCCCAAGUACUCAGUCACGAAGGAACGCUGUGAGGAGGCGGGCAUCAACCAGACCUCCAUCCACUUCAGCUGGGAGGUGGCAGCGCCCAGAGAUGCCAGCGGUGCCCGCUCCCCGUUUGAGACAGUGACCGACACCACGCCCUACACCAGCGUCAACCACAUGGUGCUGGACAGCAUCUACUUCAGCCGGCGCUUCCACGUGCGCUGCGUGGCUCAGGCGCGGGACAAGGACGGCCACCUGGGCACGCCGCUCCGCAGUAACAUCGCCACCAUCGGCACCGAGGGCUCCAUCUGCCACACGCCCGUCACCACGGGAACCGCCCGCGGCUUCCAGGCCCAGUCCUUCAUCGCCACACUCAAAUACCUGGAUGUGAAGCACAAAGAGCACCCCAACAGGAUCCACAUCUCUGUCCAGAUCCCUCACCAGGACGGCAUGCUGCCCCUGGUGUCCACCAUGCCCCUGCACAACCUGCACUUCCUACUCUCCGAGUCCAUCUACCGACACCAGCACAUCUGCUCCAACCUGGUCACCAUCAGGGACCUGCAGGGCAUCUCAGAGACUGGCUUCCUGGAUGAUGUAUCGUACGACAGUAUUUCCCUGGGCCCUGGCUUUGACCGGCCCUACCAGUUCAACCCGGGUGUGAGAGAGCCAAAGACCAUCCAGCUCUACAAACACUUAAACCUGAAGAGCUGUAUCUGGACUUUCGAUGCCUACUAUGACAUGACCGAGCUCAUCGACGUCUGUGGGGGCUCGGUCACGGCAGACUUCCAGGUGCGGGACUCUGCUCAGUCCUUCCUGACGGUGCAGGUCCCUCUUUACGUGUCCUACAUCUACGUGACGGCGCCUCGCGGCUGGGCCUCUCUGGAGCAUCACACCGAGAUGGAGUUCUCCUUCUUCUAUGACACCGUGCUCUGGAGGACAGGUAUUCAGACAGACAGCGUACUAUCAGCAAGGCUGCAGAUCAUACGAAUAUUCAUCAGGGAAGAUGGACGACUGGUGAUUGAGUUUAAAACACACGCCAAAUUUAGAGGCCAGUUUAUCCCAGAGCACCACACGCUUCCUGGGCACAAGUCUCACCUCAUGGCCCCAGACCACUUGGGGGGCAUUGACUUUGACCUUCAGCUGCUGUGGAGCGCCCAGACCUUUGACUCCCCUUACCAGCUCUGGAGGGCCACUAGCUCCUACAGCAGGAAGGACUACUCCGGGGAGUACACUGUCCUCCUCAUCCCCUGCACUGUGCAGCCCACUCAGCCUUGGAUCGACCCCGGAGACAAACCCCUGUCCUGCACAGCCCAUGCCCCUGAGAAAUUCCUGGUGCCCAUUGCCUUCCAGCAGACCAACCGCCCAGUGCCAGUGGUCUACUCUCUCAAUACUGAAUUCCAGCUUUGUAACAAUGAGAAAGUGUUCAUGAUGGAUCCCUCCACUGCAGACAUGUCAAUGGCUGAGAUGGACUACAAAGGAGCCUUUUCAAUGGGUCAGACCCUCUAUGGUAGAGUGCUGUGGAACCCGGAGCAGAACCUCAACGCGGCCUACAAGCUCCAGUUGGAGAAGGUGUAUCUAUGCACAGGGAGAGACGGAUAUGUUCCUUUCUUCGACCCCACGGGAACCCUUUACAACGAAGGCCCCCAAUAUGGGUGCAUUCAGCCUAACAAACACCUCAAGCACAGAUUCCUGCUGCUGGAUCGGAAACAGCCAGAUGUCUGUGAUCGUUACUUCCACGACGUUCCAUUUGAGGCCAACUUUGCAUCUGACAGUCCAGAUUUCCAGACCAUGAGUGCAAUGCCAGGUGUCGACGGCUUCACCAUAAAGGUUGAUGCCCUUUAUAAGGUGGAGGCAGGGCACCAGUGGUACCUACAGGUCAUCUAUGUGAUCGGACCAGAGUCCACCACAGGCCCUCGGAUCCAGCGCUCGCUGACCUACGAGCUGAAGCGCAGCCGCCGGGACCUGGUGGACCGGUCGGGCCACCUCACGCUGGACGAGUCUCUUAUCUACGACAACGAGGGUGACCAGGUGAAGAACGGCACCAACAUGAAGACGCUCCGGCUGGACGUGCAGCCCUCGGCCACCUUCAACCCGCAGGUGGGCAGCUCCAUUGGGGGCGGCGUGGCCGCCGUCACCCUGCUGGUCCUGGUGCUGUUGGCUACCUGCUUCGUCGUGCGGAGGUGCCGCCGCACCGCCAGGAAGAAGCUCCCCAAGAAGAGCCCGGCCGAGGAGUACCCGCUCAACACCAAGGUGGAGGUGUGCAUCGAGCGCUUCGAGAAGAACCUCAACAGCAAGCACUGCACCGUCAGGAACGUCAACAUCCUCCACAAGAGCCCCGAGUCCUGCAAGGUGAACGGCGUCAAGGUCAAGCAGGUGAACCUGGAGGUCAAGCUUCACAACAACUUGAACGACGGAACUGAAGUCUGAUCCUUCAUCGAAAGUAUUUUAUGGAAAAAAAAACUCCCCUCCCCACCCCUUAUUUCUAUCACUGUUUGUAAUUAUGAGAUGAGAUUAUUAUUAAUGUAUUUUUAUACGACCAUUUCAAAAGGGAAGUGUGCAUGUGUGUCAGCUAUGCAUCAUAAAUCAUUUCACAACUGAGCUACCUCAGUGACAGGAAAAAAGAACACAAAAAGAAGACUUAAGAACCACUUUUACAUGAUGUCUUCUUCGAACUACGUAAUGGUUUUCCAUUUCCACAGAUAUCUACAUAAAGCAUUGCUUUUCUUCAGGUACAGCAACAUCACCACAGCAACAUAUCCAGGGGUAGCUCAGGCACUUUUACUCCAUAUUGCUUUGAUGAAUGGUUCAAUUGUCUGGCAGAGUUACUACUGAAAGUCACAGCACAACCACUAUUUUUAAAAAAUAAAUAAAAAGUAUUAAAGACACAUAGAAAGUGCCAGCACUUUGGACAGAGCAAGCUGUGUAAAUAUUGUUUUAAAAGUGCAAUUAUCUGAUGACAUGGUCAUCCCUCAUUCGCUGCAGGUGUGAGUGUGGAGUUUGAUAGGUAGCUUCAUCAAUGUUCUUAGCUUUUAAUUAAACCACUGGUGUGCCAUGAAUUACUGUUAAGUGUGAUUUUUUUUAGGCUGAAAUCAAGCAAUUGUCCAAAGCAGUUUGUUAUCAACUUAAUGUAACUCAUUAGAACACUGUCUGUAACUUGCCAUCUUGUGACAGAACAAAACGAAUGUGUUCUGAUGAAUUGUGCACUUUUAAAAAAAUACUGUAGAUUGUAUUGAUUGUCUACUAGCUCACUCCAAAUGCUGUUUUGAUUCUUUAACCACAGAUAUGAGAUGGUUAAAAAAUACUUAACUACUGUUUUAUACAACGUGUACUCUACUAUUAUAUUAUCUGCCAAAUAACCCCAUGUUUUUUAGUAUUGUUUAAUGUACAUACACAUUCUGAACACAAUCAUGUUGAUUUUUUUUUUUUUUGUCUCAUCAAGUUAUGUUGCGUUAUGACAUAUUGUAUUACCCACAUACAAAGUAUAAUGUACGUAUGUAGCCCUACUGUUGUAUUUUAAUUAAUCUUUCAAGAUGCAUUCAUCUGAUGGAUAUGAAAUGGUGCUGAUUUGAGAGUCCUUCUGGCUUAUGGAUGCUAACCAUAGCCUACAUUGUCUUCAUGGUUACAAUAAGUGGAGAAAUUGAUUUCAUUGUUGUCAUCAGUUUCUUUAAUAUUUUAUUUUGCUCUUUUAUUUGUUAACCCUCUCACUGUUUCUGUUCAUAUGUCAGUCUAUCUCUGUUUCAUCUUUGGUCAGCUAUGAGAAUGGUGUGCCUAUCACUUUAGCAUUGGGAGAUUUUAGGAAAUAACAUAUUUUUGGUGCUAUCAUUUGUGGAAAAUAACAAUGCUCUAAUAAGAUGCCUGUAUUCUGUGCCUUUUUAGUAAUAAAGUGAAAAAA